GCCUCCGUACAGCAGGAGGCGGUUUGCUCCUUUAAAGUUGGUUUUCGAUCCGUCAAUAAACACAAAGAAGAAGAAGACAAAGAUGGCGUCUGGAAGUGGGUCGAGUAAAACUGACUUCCGUCGGAAGUGGGACAAAGAAGAGUAUGAACACCUCGCUCAGAAACGGCUGACGGAGGAGAGAGACCGAGAGAGGAGAGAUGGGAAAGUGGCGCCGCCGGUCAAGCGGGACCUCCUGCGCCACAGAGACUAUAAAGUGGACCUGGAGUCCAAACUGGGGAAGACCAUCGUCAUCACAAAGACCACUCCUCAGGCUGAGAUGGGAGGUUAUUACUGCAACGUCUGCGACUGCGUCGUCAAAGACUCCAUCAACUUCCUGGAUCACAUCAACGGCAAGAAACACCAGAGGAACCUGGGCAUGUCGAUGCGUGUGGAGCGCUCGUCUCUUGAUCAGGUGAAGAAACGUUUCGAGGUGAACAAGAAGAAGAUGGAGGAGAAGCAGAAGGAGUACGACUUCGAGGAGCGCAUGAAGGAGCUGCGUGAGGAGGAGGAGAAGGCGAAGGCGUACAAGAAGGAGAAGCAGAAGGAGAGGAAGCGGCGGGCGGAGGAGGACGUGGACUUUGAGGAGGACGACGAGAUGGCGGCUGUGAUGGGUUUCUCCGGCUUCGGCUCGUCUAAGAAGAGUCACUGACGCUCGGCGGCGGCGGCGGCGAGCGCAACCACACAUCAGGACAGGAAACGUUAUUUUUAACUCCGCCUCCCCUCGUUCGGCCGGAGUCUGUGAGCAGAACGAGACUCGACAUGAAAGCAGCAGCGGCGGCGGAGUCCUGCUGCAGAGACCGCCGGGUCCUUUUUACCACCAUGUUGUUAUUUUGGUAGUUUUUACCCACCACUUCCUGUUAAUCAUGAAAACCUUUUUUUAAUUCAGCAGCUUCCUGUCAGAGACACAAGACGCUUUGAUGUGUUGGUUAUGAUCUGAGCAUGCAGAGGGGGAAACAGGAAGUAGCUCUGCAGCACACGUGACGUUUCUGAUCAAUAGUUUAUUGAUUUUUAAAUGUUCAGCUGCUGAAAAAUAAGACCAAAAACGACACAAGUUUCCUUUAAGUUUAAGAACUUUUUAUUGUUUGUUUGUUUGUUUGUUUUCAUUAGAAACACGUUCAGAACAACAAAAAUACAUUUUAACAAGUUAAAAAUGAGUUUUUGAUAUAAAGAAUCUGAUUCUUGUUGUUUUAAUGAGUUAAAUUAAACCAACAGGAAGUUAAAACAACUUUAAAUAUCAACAAUUUAAUUGUAACUUGUUAACUUUUUAUUUUUGAUAUGUUUGAGGUUUGUUUUGUCGUCUAUCUGGUUACAGUUUGUUUGAGGAAAUGAUUGAUUUUAAUAAACAUAAUUUUGUUUCUAA